AUUUUAUUUUGGCAAGUGGAGUUUUUUUUUUUUUUCAUGCAAUAAACAGGGCCGUUCACAUGCUGGUAAUUCUAUGGACGACUGCAUCCAAGCAACAAAGAAUGUCCUUAUGACAUUGGCCAGUUUUUGCCAACCCAAAUAAAUAAAUAAAUAAAAAGACCUAUUAACCGAGUUUAUCUCCUUUUCACUCAUUUUUAUUUCCCCUGUCCGUUCUUGAACGUUGUUGACCCACACCAUUCAUCCAUGGCCUCCAUCAUCAUCAGCACUGACGGCGACCGUGUAUGCUGCCAAUCUCACCAGAAAGAAACGUGCGACGUAUGCGACAUGGACUGGUCUCACCAUAACGAUUUGGCCGCUACGCUCAAAAACACGCCAGAACUAACACCCACCGAUAACACGCAGUGUACCAUUACGCCACAGAUUGCCCGUCUCAAAGAGAGAGGAAACAAGCAAUUUGAAACCCAUCACUACGCCGAAUCCGUCCAACUCUAUACUCAAGCAAUUCAGUUGUCAUUCUCUCGUCCACUCUGGCAACCGUUUGCGUUCCAAGUUGUACGCGAAGAACUCACUGCUCUUCUCAGUCAUCGAUCGGCCGCGUAUUUUGCCGAUCAGAACUAUAUUGCAGCCUAUAUAGAUGGUGAGAUGGUGACGCGUUUAAAACGAGAUUGGAGCACAGGUUGGCUUCGAAAGGCAAAAGCCUUGUUUGCCUUACAACGCACCAAGGAAGCCGAAACCGCGGCAUCCAUGGGCCUACGAUUCGCUCCUAAAAGCGACGAAUUGUCAACCUUGCUAUCCGAUAUUCAAAAAACACUGUAGCCAUGCGAUGGAAAAUUCGCUUUUUUUUUCGUUUAUUAUUCACACUAUCAUCGUAUUAUGUACACAAGAAGAGAAAAAUACAAUAUCGGAU